AUGCAUACAGUUUACAUGGGCAAUACGACCAACAAGACACCAGAUCAUGUUUCUAUGACAAGGUGCUUUUGGGCAUGCUGGCUUACCAAAUGCGCCAGUCUGGAGAAUUCCCGAUUCGAGGGCGAUUGCUGGGCAUCUGUGGAAGGACUCCCAUUGCCCUCUGAUGAGGAUGACCCCUUUGCAACUGUGUCUUAUUGUCUUGAUAAGGAUGGGUCGCUUCGUGCACUAUCAGGCCCGGGAAAACAGUUGGGUUUUAACUCGGUCUUGGUAAUGGUUCAAGGGCUAUGGUGGGAGUCUCAACAGUUCGUUCGAUCAAUACACGCCAAGAAAGGCAGUCCCGCGCAAUGGGCUGCAACCUAUUGUUCUUUGGAUCAACGACUUCAAAGCCUUCCCUGCCAGCUAGGAGAGCACAGGCAACCUAUCUUGCUUCAACCAAUUAUUGAAACACCUUCAAGAGAGCGCAGCCGGACAUUCUCUCUCAGAUAUAUGUACGAGCUCUGUUUGCUUUACUUGUAUUCCUCAAUAGUUCCAGUCCUCUCUUGUCGCUGGCAAGAACCCGCGUUCUCCCGCUCCAUGCUGCAAUUGGCGGCUGAGCAAGCAUGGGAACAUUCCAAGACAAUGUCUUCAAUGACAGAACAAUACAUAUCGUCCAAGGCACCUAUAUCUAAGCUUUGGUCUAUCGUUGGGUAUGGCGCCUACGUUUGUGUUUCGGUCCAAUUACGUCGAUACCACGCCUUAGGUUCACUCACACAUCUGGAGCUCCAGGGACCUCUAACCAACUUUCGUCUCACAUCUGAGCUCUGUAAAUACUGGAGUCAUUUACGGCCAAUGUCUGAGGAUUUAGAACGUCAAUUCGCCGAGUCUAGAACUCUCGCCGGGUUACGCGAAGCGGAAAAAGACGCUGGACAACGACAGCUUAAUGCUGACUCGCUCACCGAACACCGAGACUCUGGUCACUCUCCGGCCCUGUCGAGCCAUAUCCGGAGUUAUGUUGUCUGCAACGACAAGAGAAGUAACGAAGUGGGAGACGGCAGUCACCUUUCUAGACCAAGUACGGUUACAAACCAAAGCGAAGGUGUUGUACCUGCAGAGCAACGAGACGUUUCUGCUGUAAUGGUUGGGCGAACAGGUGGACAUGUUAUAACAGAAGACCCUUCCGACACCGAUUGUGAAAUGGGAAUGAAUACAGUGUGGUGGGAUCAGAGUCCUGGAGUAUUAGGAGAGUUGUUUGGAAGUGAUUUUCUGAUGUUGAAUGAUAUGAGUAAUUACGCAUAUUUAAAUUAG